GAUCAUCCAGGAAGCUUAAUCGCACCCUGUUUGCUGAUUUGCUUUGCACAUCAGAUCUGUCAGGAAAUAUGGCUUUGAGACGGGCGCUUCAUUUUGUUUUCAAAGUUGGCGACAGGGCGAAAACUGCCACGUUUUACCGAGAUGUUCUUGGUAUGAAGGUUUUACGCCAUGAAGAGUUUGAGGAAGGCUGCAAGGCAACCUGUAAUGGUCCCUAUGACGGAAAGUGGAGUAAGACAAUGGUUGGCUACGGGCCAGAGGACGACCACUUUGUAGCCGAGCUCACAUACAAUUAUGGGGUGGGGGAAUAUGAACUUGGCAAUGACUUCUUGGGGCUCACGCUGCAGUCGAGCCAAGCUGUCAGCAACGCCAAACGUCUGGGAUGGCCUCUUACUGAGGUAGGAGACGCUCUGUAUCUGACCCAGGGUCCAGGAGGAUACCCUUUCUACCUGGUGGACAAAGAGCAGCCUCCAAGUGACCCUGUGCAAAAGGUUAGCCUGGGAGUAUCAGACCUCCAGAGAGCUACCCAUUACUGGAAUGCACUCCUGGGAAUGAAGGUGAUGGACAAGAAUGAGGAGAAGAAAUCAGUGAUAAUGGGCUUUGGAGACACACAAUGCAAACUGGAGCUUUGUGAAAUUGGACCAGUAAAUCAUGGAACAGCAUUUGGGAGAAUAGCAUUUUCAUGCCCACGAGACCAACUGCCUGACCUUGAAGGUGUGAUGAAAAAGGAAGAUCAGAAAAUCCUCACCCCACUAGUCAGCCUGGAGACUCCUGGAAAGGCUACAGUGGAGGUGGUUAUCUUAGCUGACCCGGAUGGUCAUGAGAUUUGCUUCGUGGGAAAUGAGGCAUUUACACAACUGUGCGCUAUAGACCCCAAGGGAAAUGACUUACUUGAAAAGGCUAUGGCUGAGGAUAAAAGCAAUGAGUGGUUUGCCAAACACAACAGACAAAAGGCUGCUGCAUGAGAUCAAGUGUUGGGAAACUUGUGCAGCUUUACCAUUUCAUAGGAUGACAACAUGCUGUACACCUGUAGUGUAAAUAAAUAAAUUAAUGUCAUCUCAGUCAUUCUUCACCUGAGAUUUACAGAACAACCUGCCCUUGUUUGUAUCUAUUUGCUAUGACUGCACUCUGUAAAAAGCCUAUUUACUCAGUUUAAUGGAUAGAUUUUUCAAAUAAAUCUCAGUGCAAAAAUCA